AAUAUGGCACCCGUAGGAAAGAGUGUUAGGUCGUCUGCUAAGGAAGAUCUGAAACAGCAGGAAAUAACCCAAGCUGUUGUUAUCGCUGAUAACUUCAGUGAUAAAUUUUCUCCAUUAACAUUGGAAAAACCUGCUGUGUUUCUUCCUCUGGUUAAUAAAACUCUUCUAGAUUAUAUUUUGCAAUCUUUAGAGGAAUGUGGAAUACAGGAAACAUUUGUAUUUUGCUGCUCUCAUAAUCAAUUAAUCCGAAGCUAUGUUAGUGAAUCUCGAUGGUCUGAUCCUUCUUCAUCUAUGUCUGUGACAGUUAUCAGUUCUACAAGUUUUAUGUCAAUGGGUGAUAUAAUGAGGGAACUGGAUUCUAAAGCUCUCAUACGUUCAGAUUUUGUGCUUCUUCGAGGAGAUGUUAUUACCACUUUUGCACUUAGCAAUAUAUUGGAAGAACACAGGAAGCGCAGACAAGAGGAUAAAGGAUGUGCCAUUACUUUAGUGUACAGGAAAGCUUUUCCAAAGCAUUCAACACGUUGUAAAGAACAUGACUUUUUAAUUGCUGUUGAAGCAGUUACACAAAAAAUACGAUUUUAUCAAAGGAUUAAUAAUAAAAAAAUUUUGCAUGUGCCUUUAGAAGUAUUUCAAGAAAAUGAUGAAGUCACUAUCCAUUAUGAUCUUUUAGACUGUCAUAUUAGCAUUUGCUCUCCUUGCGUUCCCCCUUUAUUUUCAGACAAUUUCGACUAUCAGAAUUUGGAUGAUUUUGUCAAAGGCUUAAUUGUUAAUGAAGAGCUUUUAGGUAAUUAUAUGUACAUUCAUAUUGCAAAAUCAGGUUAUGGAGCUUGUGUAUCUAACUUGUAUAUGUAUGAUGCUAUCAGUCAAGAUAUUUUAAGUCGUUGGUCGUACCCAAUUGUUCCUGACCUGGCAGAACGAAAUGGGGAGAAAUAUUCAUAUUCAAGGCAUAAUAUAUAUAAAGGUUCAGAUGUUGAAAUUGGAAGGAACUGCAUAUUGAAACAGAAUGUUGUUAUAGGUAAAGGUACAAAAAUUGGUGACAAUACUAUAAUUACAAACUCUGUUAUAGGCAGGAAUUGUAAGAUAGGAGAGAAUGUUGAAAUAAAAGGCUCUUAUUUGUGGAAUGAUGUAUCACUUGGGAAUAAUUGCAAACUGAAUACAUGUUUGCUUGCAGAAAAUGUUGUUUUACAUAAAAAUGUGACUAUUAAGCCUGGAUGUGUUUUAGGAAGUGAGGUAAUCAUUGAUGAUAAUAUUACUCUCCCACCUCUUACAAAAUUACUAGCUAGUAUGUAUACAGAUGAAGAUAGUUUUGGAGAAGAAGAAUUUCCUGAUGAGCAGAAACCAAUUCAUGAACAAACUUGUGAUAAACACUUAGUUGGUGAAAAAGGUAGAGGCUUUUUAUUCUCAGCUACGAGUGAUAGUGAAGAAGAAGAUGUUGGUGAUGUCCAGGAUGUUUGGGGAGCACCAAAAGAAGAAAAUUUAUCUGAUGAAGAUGACACAGCUGAAACAUCUAGUUCUGCCAUUUUAAGUCCUGGAGAUGGGUUAUCCGAUGAAAGUGAUGGACCUGUGGAUGAUUAUGAUGAUGAUACUGCCCUUUUCUAUAAUGAAGUCCUUGAAAGUCUGCAAAGAGGAAUUGAAGAAAAAGUCAAGAGUGAAAAUAUGAUUUUGGAAAUAAAUUCAUCAAAGCAUGCUUAUAAUGUUACAAUGAAAGAAGUCAAUACCUUGCUGAUAAAGGCUAUCUUGAAAAUUCCUCUUGAAAUUCAAAAGGACCUUACUGCACAGCAGUACUUAGCAAAAAUAAAAACAAGCUUGACUUUCUUUCAGCCCUUAAUUUCAAACUACAUUAGAAGUGCAGAGUCACAAUUGGAUUGCCUUUCAUCUGUUGAGGAAUUUAUGAAGAAUCAUGAAGAUUUGGCACCAGCUGCUGUAAAGGUCAUACAUUUUUGGUAUGAUCGUGAUAUACUAAAUGAGCCUGUGAUACUCAAAUGGUUUUCAAAUCUAACAUCUGAAAAUGAUAGAAUUCGAAGCCAGGUUAGUUCAUUUAUUAAAUGGCUUCAAGAAGCAGAUGAAGAAUCUUCCGAAGAUUAAAUACUUGAAAAAUAAAUGUUUUUAUUUUUCCAAUA